CUCCGUCUGAAGUGAUUUUUUCAUUUGAUGUUGGAAAUGGACCUAGUGAAGUUCAAGUGCACUCGCUCACUUCCUUAAAUGACAACCAGUGGCAUUAUGUGAAGGCUGAACGAAACAUCAAAGAGGCAACCUUACAAGUAGAUCAGCUUCCUCAAAAGUCUCAUGGUGCUCCACCUGAUGGGCAUAUUCGCUUGCAGCUCAACAGCCAGCUUUUUGUAGGUGGGACAGCAUCCAGGCAGAAAGGAUUUUUGGGAUGCAUUCGUUCGUUACAGUUGAAUGGAAUGGCCCUUGACCUGGAAGAGAGAGCAAAGAUAACGCCAGGAGUUGAACCAGGCUGUCCUGGACAUUGUAGCAGCUAUGGUAACCUGUGUCAUAAUGGUGGAAAAUGUAGAGAGAAAUACAGUGGAUUCUCCUGUGACUGCACUUUCUCUGCCUAUGCUGGGCCAUUCUGUAAGAAAGAGAUCUCUGCCUAUUUUGGGACUAGCACUUCUGUGACAUACAAUUUUCAAGAAUACUACACCUUAGCUAAAAAUUCCAGUUCUCAUGCUUCUUCUUUCUAUGCUGACAUGACACUGAACAGGGAAGCAAUUACGUUUGCCUUCCGAACAACACGGACACCAAGCUUACUGCUUUAUGUCAGCUCCUUCUACAAGGAAUACCUCUCAAUCAUUCUCACCAGAAACGGAAGUUUACAGAUCAGGUACAAACUAGAUAGCCAUCAAGAUCCUGAUGUCUUCAGUGUCAAUAUCAGAAGCAUGGCUGAUGGACAACUGCAACACGUGAAGAUUAACAGAGAGGAGGAAAUGCUCUUUGUAGAGGUUAACCAGAAUGAAAGAAUGAAGUUUAUUCUGUCUUCAGGCACAGAAUUCAAUGCAAUCAAGUCUCUCACACUUGGCAAGAUUUUAG